CAAUCUUUUGUGCGUGUAGCGGCCUAGCCUGGCCAGGCGCACCUGUUCUGAUUUAUUUUAAAGGCCCUACUACUCUAUUCAACGAAAUUGGCUUCUGAUUCUGAACGGUAACUUCUGCUAAAAUUGUUCUAAUAUAAUUUUCAUUAUCUUUCAGGUUUUUUGGACGAUGAUGAAAAUACGGUUGUGAUAAGAGUGAAAUUAAGUCGUUUCCCAACUAGCCCCAUCAUUCUCUUUGCAACAGGCUCAGAUAUAUCGGUAAAAAGUGGCAAAAAGUUAAUUUUUUCGGCCUAUUCCGUACGCGGCAAGCAACAUCGAACGAAACAAGAACUUUCAGGCUUUUCUUCGAAAUGCAACCAACUCUGGGUGCAGUGUUGUGUAAAUGCUGCGGUGAGACGGCGAACAAAUGGCAAAGCUUACACCGGAACGUGUCGGUGAACGGAAAGGAGCUGACGGUGCGCAAAAUGUUUGAGAUAUUUCUCAUUCCUCCGGAGAUUUGCUUGCUUGAAGAGGAUGUUGUGUGCGAACACUGUUUGGAACAGCUAAAGUUUAGCUACCAAUUUUACGAUAAAUUUCUCGAGGCUCUCGCAGCAGCCACUAGCAAAGCAUCUGCGCACAAACUCGAUAUACUCGAGCAGACUCUAGACGAAGUACCGUUCACUUGCAGCUUGUGUGAUGCCUCUUUCGCCAACAAUUUAGAUUUGGAGAAGCAUACGAAAAUAAUGCACUCCCCCGGGAAGCACUACUAUUGUGCGGCGUGUGAAAAGCAUUUCAUUACCCAGCGAGGCAUGGUGCAGCAUACGGCAGCGAUUCACCGUGAUGCAAACGAAACGGUUUCGUGCGACAUUUGCCAAAGAUCGUUCACUACGAGAAGCAACUACCAGAAUCACAUGCGAUAUCACAAGGAUUAUGUGUGCAAUUUCUGUAACACCGGUUGGUUAUCCGAGGCCAGCUUGCUCCAGCAUGUCAGCGCGAAUCACGCCGAUCGCCUGUUUGUCUGUCCGUUCUGCGAUCGCAAAGAUCGAUUGCGGAAAACGCUCAACCGCCACUUGCGAUCCAAUCAUCAGCGACAAAGCUGUGGUUUCUUCUGUGGCUACUGCGGUGUCGGUAGUACGGGCUACGAUAAUUUAGAAUCACUAAACGACCAUCUAAAGCAGCUGCAUGAAGAUGAGAACGCACCAGCGAGCGCAUACGAGCACCUGUUGAACGACAGCUUGUUCGUGAAGGAGCUGCCAGCACUAGAAUCUGUAGACAAAGAACAGGAAGCUUUUCUACAAAAUGUUAAUCUCACCCGCACCACCCAACCCAGCGAAAGCAACAAAGUAAAGCCGGAUGGGGUCGGAUUGGCUGAAACGAGGUUCGAUCAAAAGACUGUGCUGGAAGACUUUCUGGAUGAGGCGUUCGAGAACAACGAAAUAUGGGAAAAGUACCUCGAGAACGGCGAAGAGUAUCUGAUCGAUGAUUACGAUUUCUACCUGAGAAGGAUAGAGGAACCGCAGCAGGAAUCGGGCAAAUAUCCCUGCCCGCACUGUAGUGAUCGUGCUUUUCCGAAGCAGUUUCAAUUGAUGAUUCAUCUGGCGGAACAGCACGAUAUCGCCAGUCUGGUGUGCAAUGAUUGUGGUGCGAGCUUUGCUAGUCUUCAGAGCUACCGCACGCAUCGGCGAGAGCACAUGAAGGAAAACGUUCGUUUCCGGGAGAGCAACAUUCCGGAAGUGGAGGAGGCGCUAUCGCUUGUGCAUAGUACCGCACUGGAUUAUACUGUGCGCGAGGAGGAAAGCUGUUACCGAUUCACCUGUAGCCUGUGUGAUCGAUCAUUUCUGCGAAAGCACAACUUAGAGAAACACUCGUGUGCCUUCUAUAAGCGCCAUCAACAGGAAACGGGUGAAAGACCGACAAUCCGAUGUCAGUACUGUGAUUUCCAGUCCCACCAAGCAAAGGAGGUGUUCAUCCAUCAGCGAAAACAUCAAGAGGAAGGUCAGGAAAGUAUCUAUUGUACGCUGUGUGACCGUCGCUUUAGCUCUACGUCUGGACUGAAGUAUCACCUAAAGCGGCACACAGGCAUCAAAGCGUUUACGUGCCUGUACUGUGGGAAGAACUUUACCGCCAACUCGAACCUGAACGCACAUAUAAGGAAUGUACACAGUGAUCAUAAAUCGUUUGGUUGCCCAGAGUGUGAGGAAACGUUUGCAUCGAAGGACCACCUGAACAAGCACCAACGAUCACGCCAUCGCCAGGAACGCUCGUUUGUGUGCGGUGAGUGCGGGAAGGCUUACUUCCAGCGUUCACAUCUCAAUGAACACGUAGCUGCCUGUCAUCGAGAAUAUCGGUAUCGGUGUAACGUUUGCAACAAUUCAUACGCUGCUCCGGGUUCCCUGAAAAGGCACCAACAGCAGAAGCAUCGUAUAGAAUAGGGAAUGUUGGCAUUCAGGAGUUGGUUUUCAAAAGAGAAGUGUUUGAGAAUUAAACUGAAAACGUUAGCUCUUGAAUAAAACUGCUAAAGUGGCUACCGUUUAAUUUAA